AUGGCUCGAAAGUCGAAAAAGAGGGCCCAGAGAAAUGCCCGUGAUAUGCAAACACCCGCACCCACGGAAGGGGGCUCCGACUCCGAAUCCCAACAAGCUGAAUCCUCGAGAACGCAAGAAUUGAGGCAAAAGGCUCGUCGAGAUAGAGAAGGCAAAACGCCUGAACGAAAUGUGAUAUUUGCUAGAAGUCCAACUCGUCAAGGCGACUUUGCCCCAAAUGCGAGUGACCAUGAAUCAAACGACGGAACGGAUAGCGAAUUCGGCGAUGCUUCUGAACAAGAUGCUCCGAUUGAACAAGAACCAGAACCACUUAGACGCUGGGUCAAGGAUAUUAUUCGAAGAGAGACAUCGAAACAUUCAGUAACAAUGGUCGAGGAGUUCUUCACAAGCGACGAGCCGAAGUACGAAGAAUGUCGUCAUUUCUUUAAGGUUCUUAACCAAGAAAUUCGAAUAGCCAAUGAAAAGCAUCAUGUCGACAAGGAUACGGGUACCAUUCCCGAGAAAGGCUACAAUGCCCUAUGCAGGCCCUGGCGGCAAGCAGCAAGAACGGCAGAAGCAAACGGCUCCCCGGAGGAGUUUUGGUCGGCUUUCAAUAAGACUCGUGAUCUUCUGACCCUCUUUAAUAAACGACAUUAUCUUCCUAAGCACUGGAAUAUCAGUCCGAUAUGGGCCGAGCAAAUAAUUGGGACACCAAAUCCCAGAAUUGAGCAAGACGACAGCUCCACUUCUGGCAGGGAUGAGCUCUCAGCCAAUGAAGAGUCCGGUGCUGAACAAGACAGUGAUGUCGAUCACGAUGAGCUCACAGGCCUUGAUGCCUUAGAAGCGAGAACCAUGAAACAGCAACGCCAAUUGAGCUCGGCUAAAGUGCUGUUCUGGUGGCCCAAAGGUACCGGAUCCCAGACCUUCGUGCGGUACGGAAGCCGCUCCACGCCGAUCUAUCGGAUUCGAGCUGGGUCACACGAGAGCUACAACCCAAGUCAAGUAGAACGUGUUUUGACGACUAAGACUCGCGGCACUGCUAAAGAGAUCGGGACUAGGGAUGGGCAUCCUGAAGAGUUCUGGAAAUACAAACGAAAAGACGUAGAGGACAUUAUUGGCAUCGGUUGGAAGAUCGAACAGGAUGAUGAGCAGGGGCUAGAUCCUCUCAACUUGCUCCAGCCCGCGAAAGGCAUGAUCUAUCCGCAAACUCGGAUUCUUGUCAAAUGGAAAGAUGGUAUUUUUACUCUGGAAGGACGAUCUUUCAUCCGUCGCAUCACAGCCGGCUCAGCCUUAGACGGCGAUAGAGUGAUUUAUCAAAAGGCCGAAGAGCUUGAGACUAACUAUCGCAAAAAGCAUGGGUGGAAUGAUAUCAAAGAUGAUGAUUAUGAUGAUGAAGAUAGCGACAGUGAAAGCGACGGCUCAAUUGAGCAAGACAGUGGUCGUAACAGAAGGCAUCGUGGCAAGACUGCUCGUCACUCAAACCCACGCAGACCGAAGACGAGAAGCCCCAUCAAGAGCGAAUAUAGUGAUGAGAGUGAAGCCUCUACUCAGCCAACGCACAGCCGCUAUAGAAGAUACCGCAGCGAGCCAAAAAAUCAGAAACCAGCCCAUAAAAAAGCAAAAGCGGCUAGGAUAGAAGAGCUCGAACGGGAGAUUCAGAAGUUACGCAACUCGACCUCACCUCAAGGACGCGAAGGGCGGCGGAGAGCUCGAGGCAGAGGCGAUCGGGGGCGCACAGCAUGA